UUAGAAGCGGCGCGAUCAUGGCGGAGCGCGGUCAGCUCCCUCCCCCCGCCAAGCGCCUCUGUUGCAGACCUGGCUACGGCGUCGGGUGCAGGCCGGGCCAGCGAGCCGGCGUCGGCGUCGAAGGCGGCCUGGGCGGCGUCGGCGUCGGGUCGCUCUGCAUAGCGGGGCCUUCGUCGGCCGCGGUAGCUGCCGCCUCGUCGGCCGCUGCCGCUUUCCCCCCUGCCCUGGCCGCCGCCUAUGCCGCACUGGGGGUGCUGCCGUUGGGCAAGACGCAGAGCCCGGAGUCGCUGCUGGACAUCGCGGCGCGGCGGGUGGCGGAGAAGUGGCCGUUCCAGCGGGUAGAGGAGCGCUUCGAGCGCAUCCCGGAGCCCGUGCAGCGCCGCAUCGUCUACUGGUCCUUCCCCCGCAGCGAGAGAGAGAUCUGCAUGUACUCCUCCUUCAACACCGGCGCCGCUGCCGAGGACGCCGCCGCCAGUAACGCCGCAGCCGCCGCGCCCGGCGGGGGAUCUAACGCCGUCGGGUCCACGGGCACCGCUGGGGGCACCGCCUCGGCCGCGACCGCCGCAUCCAACAACAGCGGGGGAGGAGGCGCAGGAGGAGGCGGCGGAGGCGGAGGCGGCAGCACCGCGCCCGGCGGCGGAGGAGCAGCGGACGCCGCUGGCGACGAGAACCGGCUGCCCUUCCGCAGGGGCAUUGCUCUGCUCGACGGCGGCUGCGUCGACAACGUCCUGCAAGUCGGUUUCCACCUGAGUGGCACAGUGACGGAGCCUGCAAUGCAAUCGGAGCCAGAAACUGUUUGCAAUGUAGCUAUCAGCUUUGAUCGUUGCAAGAUUACCUCAGUGACCUGUAGCUGUGGAAACAAAGACAUAUUUUACUGUGCCCACGUCGUGGCACUUUCUUUGUACCGGAUUCGCAAGCCAGAUCAGGUCAAACUGCAUCUUCCCAUUUCAGAGACUCUCUUUCAAAUGAACAGAGACCAACUACAAAAGUUUGUACAGUAUUUGAUCACAGUGCACCAUACAGAAGUUUUGCCAACUGCUCAGAAAUUAGCAGAUGAAAUCCUUUCUCAGAAUUCAGAGAUCAAUCAAGUUCAUGGUGCUCCUGAUCCAACAGCUGGUGCUAGCAUAGAUGAUGAAAACUGCUGGCAUCUGGAUGAAGAGCAAGUCCAGGAACAGGUUAAACUCUUCCUCUCCCAGGGUGGAUAUCAUGGAUCAGGGAAGCAGCUCAAUUUGCUUUUUGCAAAGGUUCGAGAGAUGUUAAAGAUGAGAGAUUCGAACGGUGCUCGGAUGUUGACACUGAUAACGGAACAGUUCAUGGCUGACCCUCGCCUGUCACUCUGGAGGCAACAGGGAACUGCAAUGACAGACAAGUAUAGGCAGCUCUGGGAUGAACUAGGUGCUCUUUGGAUGUGCAUAGUCUUAAAUCCUCAUUGCAAGGUGGAACAAAAGGCCAGUUGGCUGAAACAGCUGAAGAAAUGGAACAGUGUUGAUGUUUGUCCCUGGGAAGAUGGGAACCAUGGAAAUGACCUGCCCAGUCUAACCAAUGCUUUGCCUCAGGGUGCAAAUGCAAUCCAAGAUUCAUCAAACAGGUCUCACCGGACGGUGUUCACUCGAGCCAUUGAGGCGUGCGAUCUCCAUUGGCAGGACAGCCACUUGCAGCACAUUAUCAGAAGUGACCUGUACACCAACUACUGUUACCAUGAUGAUGCUGAAAACUCACUCUUUGACUCUCACGGGUGGCCCCUCUGGCAUGAACAUGUGCCUACAGCCUGUGCGAGGGUGGAUGCACUAAGAUCUCAUGGCUACCCAAGAGAAGCGCUGCGGCUAGCAAUAGCUAUUGUCAAUACACUAAGGAGGCAGCAGCAGAAACAGCAGGAAAUGUUCCGGUUCCAGAAGAAAGAACUUCUCCACAAAGGCGUUACCUCUAUAACAAACCUGGAAGGCUGGGUUGGGCACCCAUUGGACCCAAUUGGCACCCUUUUCAGCAGCCUUAUGGAGGCCUGCAGGGUUGAUGAUGAGAGCUUCCAUGUGUUCUCAGACUUCACAGAGAAUAUGGGCCAGUACAAAUCUUUGGAGUACUAUCACCUGCCUGCCCACAAAUUCUUAGAAGAAGGAGAAUCUUAUUUGACGCUGGCUGUGGAAGUGGCAUUGAUAGGACUGGGGCAGCAGCGAAUAAUGCCUGAUGGCUUGUAUGCACAAGAGAAAGUUUGUCGGAAUGAGGAACAGUUAAUUUCCAAGCUGCAGGAAAUCGAACUGGAUGACACGCUGGUGAAGAUUUUCCAAAAGCAAGCAGUCUUCCUAUUAGAAGCUGGACCCUAUAGCGGUCUAGGUGAAAUCAUCCAUCGAGAGAGUGUUCCAAUGCACACAUUUGCCAAGUAUCUUUUCACCUCUCUCCUACCUCAUGAUGCUGAACUAGCAUACAAAACUGCACUGAGAGCAAUGCGAUUACUAGUAUUGGAAUCCACAGCUCCAUCAGGAGAUAUGUCUCGUCCACAUCACAUUGCAUCAGUCGUUCCAAAUCGGUACCCCCGUUGGUUCACUCUAAGUCACAUUGAAUCUCAGCAGUGUGAGUUGGCAUCAACUAUGCUAACUGCAGCCAAAGGUGAUGUCCGAAGGCUUGAAACAGUGUUAGAAUCUAUCCAGAAAAACAUUCACUCCUCAUCGCACAUCUUCAAGCUUGCCCAGGAUGCAUUUAAAAUAGCAACGCUUAUGGACAGCCUGCCAGAUAUCACUCUUUUGAAAGUCUCUCUGGAGCUGGGUCUUCAGGUGAUGCGCAUGACUUUGUCAACCUUGAAUUGGAGGAGGCGGGAGAUGGUGAGGUGGUUGGUAACAUGUGCAACAGAAGUAGGUGUUUAUGCGCUGGAUAGCAUCAUGCAAAGCUGGUUUACACUUUUCACUCCGACCGAAGCGACUAGCAUUGUUGCAACCACGGUGAUGUCCAACAGCACUAUAGUCCGCCUGCAUCUAGACUGCCACCAGCAAGAGAAGCUUGCCAGCAGUGCUCGGACGCUUGCUCUUCAGUGUGCCAUGAAGGAUCCUCAGAACUGCGCCCUCUCUGCACUGACCUUGUGCGAGAAGGAUCACAUAGCUUUUGAGACGGCUUACCAAAUUGUCCUCGACGCUGCUGCCACCGGCAUGAGCUACACGCAGCUCUUCACUAUAGCACGGUACAUGGAGCAUCGCGGCUACCCUAUGCGGGCCUACAAGCUGGCCACGUUGGCCAUGACGCAUCUCAACCUGAGUUACAAUCAGGACACGCACCCUGCCAUUAACGACGUUUUGUGGGCCUGCGCACUUAGCCACUCCCUCGGGAAGAACGAGCUGGCGGCGAUAAUACCUCUGGUGGUCAAAAGUGUCAAAUGUGCAACGGUACUGUCGGACAUCUUGCGUCGCUGUACUUUGACCACUCCCGGAAUGGUGGCACUCCACGGAAGGAGGAACUCAGGCAAGCUGAUGUCAUUGGACAAAGCCCCGCUAAGGCAACUCCUGGAUGCCACCAUCGGAGCGUACAUUAACACCACGCAUUCCCGGCUCACGCACAUCAGUCCCCGGCAUUACAGCGAGUUCAUAGAGUUCCUGAGCAAGGCCCGAGAGACCUUCUUAAUGGCUCACGACGGACACAUUCAGUUUACACAGUUCAUUGACAACCUGAAACAAAUUUACAAAGGCAAAAAGAAACUGAUGAUGUUGGUUCGUGAACGGUUUGGUUGACAAUAAAAAUGUGUGUGAA